AGGGGGGUAGCGGGGCGUGGGGGAGGGGGUGGGUUGUGGCUGGCAGGCAGGCAAGGAGGGAGGCGCAGCUGCCUCUGCUGCUGCUGCCGCUGCCGCUGCCGCCUGCUCCGCUCCGCUCCUCCGCGCACUCUGCCGCCAGCCCAGCGCCAGCGGUCCCUUAGAGCCGUCGGGGCGCGCGCGGGGAGCCGGGAAGCUGGGGAACCUCUGCGCCCCGUGCACGAAGAACAGAGCGCGCGCCCCGGGCCCGAGGGAGUCGGGGAGGAGGAGAUAAUGGGGGUGCAUUAAAGAGGUGGAGGGGGAGAGGAGAGAGGCUCCCACCACCUUCCCUCCCUUGAUGGGAAAGGAGGAGUCUCCGCUGCUGCCGCUGCCUGGAGAGCGCUGGGGGAAAAGCGACUGGCACUAACUUCGGAGUUGGGGCAAGCUCGGGGAGAAAGAAAAGAGACAGCUGCAUCCUCUUGCAAAGUUGGACUUCUCAGUAAUGGCAUCAGCCCUACCUAGGACCCUGGGGGAGUUGCAGUUGUACCGAAUAUUACAAAAAGCCAACCUUCUUUCUUAUUUUGAUGCCUUCAUCCAACAAGGUGGCGAUGAUGUCCAGCAGCUCUGUGAAGCCGGUGAAGAGGAAUUUUUGGAAAUCAUGGCCCUAGUAGGCAUGGCCAGCAAGCCUCUUCACGUCAGGAGAUUACAGAAGGCUUUGAGGGACUGGGUUACAAACCCUGGCCUCUUUAACCAGCCUCUGACUUCCUUGCCUGUCAGUAGCAUCCCCAUUUAUAAAUUGCCUGAGGGUUCUCCCACGUGGUUGGGAAUGUCCUGCAGUUCUUACGAGAGAAGCAGCAGUGCUCGGGAGCCUCACUUGAAGAUUCCAAAGUGUGCGGCCACCACUUGCGUGCAGAGUCUGGGGCCGGCCAAGCCGGAUGUGGUGGGGACCUUGGCGCUCCAGAGUGCCGGCGACUCCAGGCUCUGGCAAGGCCAUCACACCACCGAGAGUGAGCACAGCCUCUCCCCAGCUGACCUGGGCUCCCCAGCCUCCCCGAAAGAGAGCACCGAGGCGCUGGAUGCCGCCGCUGCUCUCUCCGUGGCUGAGUGUGUGGAACGGAUGGCCCCCACGCUCCCCAAAAGUGACUUGAAUGAAGUGAAAGAAUUACUGAAAACCAACAAGAAGUUGGCUAAAAUGAUCGGUCACAUCUUUGAGAUGAAUGAUGAUGACCCGCAUAAAGAGGAGGAGAUUCGGAAAUAUAGUGCAAUAUAUGGGAGAUUUGACUCAAAAAGGAAAGAUGGCAAACAUCUCACCCUUCACGAGCUGACUGUUAAUGAAGCAGCCGCUCAGCUCUGUGUAAAAGAUAACGCCCUUCUGACCAGAAGAGACGAACUCUUUGCCCUCUCUCGGCAGAUUUCUCGAGAGGUCACCUACAAGUACACCUACCGAACAACCAAGUCUAAAUGUGGAGAAAGAGAUGAAUUAUCUCCCAAGAGAAUUAAAAUAGAGGAUGGUUUCCCAGAUUUCCAAGAUACUGUGCAGACUCUUUUCCAGCAGGAUGCUGUAAAAGUCCAGUUAGCACUGGCCAAAGCUAAAGGUGAAGAGUUUGCAGCACUUAAUUCACAGCCUGAAAAGGUGAUGGCAAAACAGAUGGAGUUCCUUUGCACCCAAGCUGGUUAUGAGAGACUACAACACGCGGAAAGGCGAUUGUCUGCAGGGCUUUACCGGCAGAGCUCAGAAGAGCACAGUCCAAAUGGCUUAAUAGCAGAUAAUUCCGAUGGACAAGUAGGAGAAAGACCCUUGAAUCUUCGAAUGUCCAGUUUACAAAACAGACAGCCUCCACAUUUUGUGAUGGAUGGGGAGCUGAGCAGACUUUAUUCCAGUAAUGAGGCCAAGUCUCAGUCAUCAGAAAGCCUUGGGAUUUUAAAGGAUUUCCCUCACUCGGCUUUUAACUUAGAAAGGAAGGUCAUAAAAACAGAACCUGAAGAUACGAGAUAGCCAUGAUUCUCCCACUGUACUCUGGAAAAAAUGGCGCCGGGUCUGAGGAUAAAGCUACAACACAAAAACAAGCCUUAAUAACCAAUGUUGCCUCAUUCAAGUCAAACAGAUUUCAUAGCCAAAGCUUACGGACUGGUACAUUUGUCUGUGGAAACUGAGUGGGGGUGGGGGUGGGGGGAGAAGGGAUAGGAACAACAUCACUAUCUAGAACAGUAAUAUCGGUAAAUACACAUUCCUGUAUAAGUUGUUUCAUUAUGUGGGGAAGCUUACAAAUUAAUAUUGUAGGCGUCCAUUAUUUAAGAAUGUAAAAUGUAUUUGUAUAACUUAUAAAAGUAAAAUCUAGGUGUUGAGACACGUGUUCAGUCCAGUAGAUGUGGAUACAGUUUAUUUUACUUGAAAUUUCAAUGUCUACUUUAAAUGUAUCUAGCAUAAAUAUGAUUGUUAUACAUCAGAAUUUAGAAAUCUAUGAGAUUAUAGGAAAGAAAGCUAAUUAAAGUGACUGGUAAACAGCAAGUUUACUUUAUUUGGGAAAAUAGAAAACAAAUACUUACUAUUUUAACAAAGGACGUUUUGAGUGGCUGAUCUUGUUUUAGAGGAGAUAUAUAUGUGUAUAUAUAUGACAUUUAUUAAUGUAAUGUCAUUUUAUUGGUUUCAUCAGUGUACAUUUAAAUAUUAAUCAAGUACUAGGGAAAAGCCAGAAACAUCAAUAUGGUGGCUGCCAUAUGGACAUGACCUACAGCAUUGGCCUUUGCAUAGCAUAUGGCAUUAAAGCAUUAAAAAAAAAAGAUCGGAAUAUCUUCCUUGGACAGAAAACUUGAGACAAGUAGCUGGAUGUGCAAAUGGCCGAGUUUCAGUAUGGAUAUUUCAGAGCACUAAUGCAGAUCCCCAAAGGAGCUCAUCCUGACGGUGAUAAAGGCGUAACGGAUGAUGGCCAGAUCCAUAGACCACGACUGAAACAACUUUCCUCUGUAUCUUGAAAUCUUUCUCCUCCUGCAUAGGCGGACGUGAGAGACUAGAUGCCAACUAGGAGGUGCCCUCCUGCCCAAAUGAUACUCUGUUUUUACCAAUCACUGGAGACACUGUGCAGACAUGCUUUUUACUUUGUGUGCUUUUAGUCGAUACCUGUAUUCGUUAUUUAUUUUGCAAGUUUAGUUUUUGGUACGCCUUUCAUCCCUGCAGAUGCAGUUUUCCCUAAAAGUAAUCAUCGAUUGAAUGAAUUUCUCUUUUUAAUUUCCACUGUUUAAUAUGGGGACCAGACACACACAUGCAUACAUAGACACACAUAUGUAUGUAUGGUGGGCAUAGUUACAUGCUAAGAAUGUUUAUCUGCCCAUCUGUCUACUCAAGAAUAAGAAUCUCACAUUUGAAUCCUUCCCCCAGGACAAAAUUCCAAUGGGGCUUUUAUCAGAGCUUUUUAUCAAAGCUUCCCUUCCCUGUUGGUUUGAGAGGAGGUAACAAGGACGUGGAUAGCUGACAGAUGUCCAUACUUAUCACAGAGGAGCUAACCCUCAGAUAAGAAUAUGGCCUGUGCCAUGGAACACACCAUUUCUGUCUCUAGUUUGGUUCUGCAUUGUAGACACGUAACAAUGUGCGUCCAACUAAGCUCUGUCAACCCGAUGUUAAACGAGAUGUCUGCACUGUAGUCCCUGAUCACUGUAAAUGUGUAUAAUUGUUUUAUCACUUUUGAUUUGUGGAACAGCUUUAUAGUGGAAACACCAGUCAACAACUUUUCUAUUAUUAAAAGGCGGUUUUUCCUCUCUAAAUGGUUCAUUGUACUGUAUGUAGUGUUUUGACCAUUGGCCAAGCUUUUUAUGUAUGCUUCAACUUUGUUGCUAUUUUGAGGUUGAAGAUGUGGUUGUCUUUGUUCACUGUAUGUGGAAAUAGUACAAGUAGGAUUUAAAUAGAAUGUUUCUUCAGUUUUUAAUAUUAGCCAUAGCACUGGUUAGUAUCUGAGUAGUUUCAUGAAACGUUUCACGUAUUCUAAUAUGUUUUGAGAGAUUUUGUGCGAUAAAAAAAAUCGGAUUAUUAAUAUUCAAGUUUAUAGACAGUAAGCAACAGAUUUUUUUUAAAAGAUGCAUUUAUCUUCCCUCUAAUAUUUGUCACAAUGUCUGUGACCAAAAAAUGUGCAUGGACCAAACGACUUCAUCUUUGAAUAUGUAGAUCUGUAUGAUUGGUUAGCAUCGUUUGCUGAUCUUUUAAGUAAAUCAUGAGAGGAACACCUCGCAAGAACAAUUUCAGUAAAAUAUAAUUUUUAUUUUGUAAACACUAAUGUAUUAAAUUUGCUAUACAUUAAAGCAUAUAAUAUAUAUUUUUA